UUCAGUAAUUACACAUCAGUUGCAAGGUGCAGCGGGCAGUUGGAUGGGAGAUCAUAGUGAUGUCAGGACAGGGAGGGCUUACCGCAGGAGAUAAGGCCAGCUAAUAGAGAUGAAAUGAAUCGGUAUUUAAAAGGUUUCUUUUAGUUAAGACACUUUGCUGGCUUGCGCUCGCUCCAGUCCGCUGACCAGUUGGAUGCUGAAGGAAAAAAGAGGAGAGACACGUUCUUUCAGAUUUGAAAUUACUUUUGGGUCAUAUUUGACGCUUUUUUGUUUUGUUUAAUUUAUAUUUUCACCUGAAUUGCAACAACACCCAGCUGCAAGCUCUGCUAACAAGACGUAUUCCUUUGGAGGUGCGUUUGGGAUGACUCCACGGGAGCAGCUGAGGAAGAUGACGGCACUGGGUGAACAGGGGUCUCUGGAUGAGAAACACUGGUACCGGCUGGUCAAUGGCAUGUCGGCUGGAGAGCUAAGGCAAAGGCAGGAGCUGAUAAUGAGGAACCAGAUGGCCAUGGCUCCUCAGAUCCUCGCCCAGGGCCAACAGAGGUUACAGGGGGUCCCAGCACAGUUCGAACCUCGCUUCAUGGAGAGGGAGUUGGUUCCUCCUACGGAGAUGGUGACAUCCGAUGCGAGGCAGAUUCACAUGGGACCUCACCUCGGCCCGCCUCUUCCCCCGCAUGCCAACGUCCUGCCUGGCAGAGGAUUCCCGGGUCCAGCUGGCUACAGCUUCCUGCCCUCAGAACCAAUGGAAACAGUCGCUCGGCGCCAGGAGCUCAUACACAAGCAAAAUAUAGCGAGGAUGGAGAUGAAUGCCAUCCUGCACCAGAAAGAGCUGGAGAAUGCGCACCAAAAAGGACUGAUGGGGAUGGAGAACCCCAUGUCGUACCCCUCCAAUCCCAUGCUCUUCAGAGGCCGCCAGCGCAUGCCGGAGAGCCACGACAUCUUCGUCCACCGCCCCUCCCUGGAUGAGCUGCAUUCCAACAGCAUACUCAUGUCAGCCAGCCCCUACCCACCCAUCGGCUCGCUGCACAGGGAGAGGGGUCGGAGGGCUGGGCGGCGGCCCGCCGUUCACAAGAGCACGGAGAACCAGGCCCCCAGCCUGAAAGGUCAAACUGAAGACAAGGGCAUAGAGCAGAGUCCAGACGCCACGUCAGGAGAGGAGAAAGAGUUGGAGGCGAAGGGGGACGUGGGAGAGGAGUGCGGCACGAGCAAGACGCACCAUCAGGCCAAAGCGGACUCCGACCUGGCCACGGGAAGCAGGAAGAGCUACAAAGAGGGGGAGGCCGGGGGGCUGCGUAAGACCUGCGCCGCCGCUCAGGAUGGGUGUUCGGAUAUGACCAACGGCGCUUCAAACGAUAAAGAGAUCCCCGGUCAGUGCUCCGCUUUCCAGGAAAAAUUCAUUUAUCCUUCCACCGGCGGAGCUCUCACAGGGAUGCCGUACGUGUUCCCCGUCCCGGGAAAUGGUUUCCUUCCAACGGGUCCGCCAAAUUUGUUUCUAAAUGGCGAGGAAGUACCAGAGGACAUAAGGAAGUGGACAGUGAACGACGUGUACAACUUCAUCAGCAGCAUACCAACGUGUUCAGAAUAUGCUCAGACGUUCAAGGACCACAUGAUUGACGGAGAAACGCUGCCGCUCCUUUCAGAGGAGCACCUACUGGACACACUGGGGCUGAAGCUAGGACCAGCUCUGAAAAUACGCUCACAGGUCUCCAGACGGAUGGGGAGUAUGAUGUACAUGCUGAACCUGCCUCUCUCCGGAGCCCCUCUGCAGCCCACCUCUGAAAAGCCCGGGGACCGCUCGCCGGAAACGGGCUCCCCCGUCAACUGCAACAGCGAGGACAUGGCGGCGAGCCCGAGAGACCCCGAGGUCCUCAAAUCCAUGGAGCACCUUCACGAGUCAGAAAACAGCUCCCCUCCCUUGGCCACCAGUGAGAUGACUUGAUCUCUGCAGACACUCGGGACAAAUAUAUACCGAACCCGGUUCAGGCCUGACGGGCUGUUCCUGCCAUGACGGCGGUGGAUUUGUUUACAUUAUGAGUAAAUGGGUCAACAGUUGUAUUUUCGAUACCCAUAUAUGUAUAUAGUAAAAGAUGUGUUUAUUUUGAGUAAUAAGGUGACAUACAAUAUUUUACCUUUCUUCUCUGUUAAUUUUAUCCUGUAGAGUCUCUGAUUAUAGUUUCUAAUUAUUUUUUUAAGCUGCUAAUACUCUCUUUUUUUUUAUUCAGCUGAGAUACAAACAACAGAAAACAUAUGGGAAAGAUUUAACCAAACCAUAUCAACAAACCAAGAAUAGCUCAUUUGUGCAUUUUGAAUCUCUUGUUUGAUACGUCUUUGCAUUUAAUUGAUGAAAAAUAAAGUCUUUUUUCUACAAAGGAAGCUACAGUAGAAUCUGUCUUAGCGGGCAAACAAAUGU